AUGUCCGACGGACCUCAGACAGAUGUCUCGCGACCAUCUGCACUUCCCACAGCGAAACUGCUGCAGCGCAGCACCAUACCUCUGGUUGACCAGAACUCCAACGAGUACUUGGAUGCCAUCGAGGAAGAGUGGAACAAGAAAGUGGAUGUGGAAAUCGACACGCUAGUGGAGGGAAUGGUUGACUUGGUUGGCAUAGCUUCUAUCAGUGAUAAGGACAAGUUCCGCAUUGCCCAAGAGUCGUAUCAAGCUGAAUGUCGCGCAGAAUCAAUGAUUCGUGCUGCACAUUCGCUACUCUCAAUCAUUCACUCCAUGAAAUUACUCCUACUGUUGUCGGAUGAAUCCCAAAUUGCAAAUCGGAGGGACAUGGAAAUGAGACACGUGCAGACAGAGAAGGAAGAUCUACAACAGCGGGUCUCAGCCUUGUUGAAUGACCUUCUCCACCCUCCCAAAUCAGACACCAGCAUGGACACAUCAUGA